CCCCUCUUCCUCCCUCUCUUUUUUCUUUUUUCUCUUCCUCUAAAAAAAGCAAGCUUGCCGUGCUUAUAAAUAAGCUCCCCUCUCCCACCCCGUGCAGGUUCCUCCUCCCCGAUCCCCUUCUCCCACCCGCCGAUCGCCCCCCGCUCGUCCCACCGCGCGGCGGGCGAUCGCCCCACCCCCACCUUACGCGCGAUUCCCGAGAGGCGCCAUACGCUCCCCCGCCCCCCACGCAGGCGCAGCUGGCGGAUCCCCCACCCCACCCCGCUUCCGCCGAUCGGAUCGCGUGCUCCCCGAGGUAGAGGUGAUGAUAAAUCAUAGUUAGUGACUUAGCUUGCAGCUGUUCAUUCUUGCAGCUAAGACAAAUAAUAAUUGGCGUUAUGGCAUAUAGAAAUACGCUAUGCACUCCCCAAGUUAUUGAUCUUGAAACUGAACAAGUGUCUCGCGUUCAUUCUGAAAGUUUUAAUCGCACUGGGAAUGAUUCAUCCGACCAAGGUGCACAGCAUGCUGUCAGAGGCGUAGGAAAUGCUACGAACAUUGGUCUCUCUGAUAUGCGAAGUUACUAUGAUGCGGGCAUGAACCAUCCACAUCAGCCUGUUCAUAGCUUGCAUCCCAAUUUAGGAGUUGAUUCAGGUUUUGCCUUCCCAUCCAGUAUGUACAACCCCUGCAUGUCGACGACAUCUAUGAACAGAUAUGUUUCUCACACUCAGAGCUUCGGACUGCCAUUAAACCAAGUUGUUCUAGGAAGCAUGGAUGAAGGUAGCAGAAAUGAAAAUGCUGGUGAAAGUGCUAGAGGAUUCAUUAAAAGGAAAAAUGCUGCAGUCAUAGGAAGUUACCACUGUGCUAAUGGAUUUGCAAGCUCAAGCUCUACCUCUCACGUAUCUCUGAAUCCUACACAUAGGCCAUGGGAUCCUUCUUUUGAGCCAAAUGUUUUACCUAACACUGCAUCAUAUAGCCCAUCGGAGUACCAUAGCCAGGCCAGUUGGCCAUCUAUGGAAGGAUCUUCUAUUCCAAGUAAUGGUUUUAGCUUGAUGAGUGCUCAUCCAGAAUCAGCACAGCAUGGUAAUUAUGCAUUUCCAGCUGGUCACAUCAACCAGUGCUUUCAACCUACUAGCAGUACAUGGAUUUCCCAGGCUGCAAAUGGUAUUGCUGAUGGAAUACCACAGUGGGAAUAUGUCAAUGGAAUGAAUAAUGCUCCAGCAGGCAGAUUUGCCUGUUCAGGUAUGACAGAAACAGUGAAUGGAAGCUUCCAUGAAUAUCAGAAUGGCCCUUCAACCUUAUGUCGAGGGCCUCUACCUUAUUUUCAUCAGCAUGCUGUGCAUAGCAUGCAUGCUCAAAAUCUGCUUGACCAUGCACAAAUGCAAGCUCCUUACCAACAAUGCCAUAAUAAUCCUGUUUUAAAUGGUGUAAAUCAUUCUGGCAACCGGUUCCACUUGGGUCCAAGAAUUCCAGUUAUUUUCUCUAAUUCUGAACGUACUUUUGGGCCUCCACAUCAUCCAUUCUUGGCAAAUCCAGUGAACCACAGGAAUAUAAGAGUCCUGCCACCUGAGCAUACCACAAUAAUGGAUUUUUCAAGAUUGUAUGAAGCGUCAAAUGUUGUAGAUGAGCAUAGAGAUAUGCGGUUAGAUAUAGACAGCAUGACAUACGAGGAGCUUUUAGCAUUAGAAGAACAGAUUGGAGAUGUAAAUACUGGUCUGGCAAAAAGCUACAUUGUAGAGAAAUUGAAGACUAGUUUAUAUGUGCCUGGAUCGUCUGACAAGUCUUCUGAAACCUCCAAGGAGAAUGAUUCUUGCAUAAUUUGCCAGGAGGAGUAUCGGGUUAAAGAUUGCAUUGGAACCCUUGACUGUGGCCACAGAUACCACGAAGAUUGCAUAAAGCAAUGGUUGACUGUAAAGAAUUUAUGCCCCAUCUGCAAGACGGCAGCUUUAUCAACCGGUAGAAGAAGUGGAUAACGAACGGGAAUAAUCUUAUUAGUUAUUUACUUCCGACAAACAUUCAGCUCAAUUUUGUAUAUAAGAAAACGGUAGACCAUUCUGCUACCUGUAUUUGUUGUUCACUUUGUUGUUAUCCGGGAGUAACUCAGCUUCCUAAACUGUACAGCCAUAACAUUGAUCAUUUUCUUCGGUGUAGAAUAUUUAAAUUACUCAGUUCGCCUCCAUCUGUAUAAUAAGGCGGACCGACAAAAAACUCACAUUGUCAUUCCUAGGCAAACAUUGUAUCUACCAUCAAGUUAAAAACAGAACAGAACAUGUGCUCUUCUGUAGUUCUGUA